CCCCAAUACACACACUAGAUCACCACCGGACCUCAGGACUCCAGUGCAAGCAAGCAUCAGAGAGACAAGGUUUGCGUUUUCCGGCGGCGGAGAAGGAUGUCGGACUCGGACGACGGCGAUGCCGGCGUGGUUGUCGGGGAGAUUCCUCCGACGAUGGUCCGGAAGCACAUCAAGAAGAGGGCUCUCCGGAACAAGUCCCUCUCCGUUUCAUUCGACGAGAAAAAUCUCAAGGACUUUGUCACUGGCUUCCACAAGAGAAAGAAGAAAAGAAGAAAAGAGGCACAGCGUCAGUUGCAAGAAAAGGUGAGGUUGAAACGAAUUGAGGCCAGGAAACAGAGGAAGCUAGAAAGAGAGAUGGGUUUACAUGAUGGGAACAUAAAUGAAGAUCCUGAACCCAAUGAUGUUGGUGGGGAUGGAGUAGAGGAAGGAGCUGAUAUAACUGCAUCAGUGUUCGAAACAAAGACAUACGAAACUGGCGAUACAACCAUCAGAGUUACUACCAGUGAACUGCCACGUGAUGAUGAUGAUUUCGGGUUAGUGAGUCAGAUCCCCAAGCUGAGCAGCAACAUCCAAAUGAAACCGGUGCCGGUGAAGAAGAAACAGUUAAAAAGAACAAGCGGGCGACAACCACAUAAAGCCGGCAAGGUUGUGUUUCGCAAGAAGGAUAAGAGGAAGAGCAAAGUCAAGUGAUAAGUGAUAAUUCCGUUUUUGGUAUUUCUCUGUUGUUAAAUAUCAUUUUUGACAAGAAUGUGAUGGAUGUCCUGCUAUUGCUUGUAUGCAAAGGUCAUUGAUUUGAUGUAUUUUAACCUAGUAUCAAGCAAUUUGCAUGCCUAUGGUGAUGAAGCUGUUGGAACAUACAGCAUAGUGGUGUUUGAGAUUUUUUUUUUUUUGGCUUGUAUGCCCCAUGACAAUGGGUAAUUAGUAAUCUAUCCGUCAUGAUAAAAAACCAUAAUUGUUUGUGUA